AUGGACGCCGACAAGACACUACAGUCACAGGAUGAUGACUGGCCGCCCCCUGGUGUCCAAGCAGUGAUUCACUCUCCUGCCGCAACAAUGAGUAACCAACUCUACAACACCUCCUCCGUGAUCUUCAGCCUGGAGGAGGCGGCAGCCGGAGGCUACAAUGACUCCGACUCCCCCACCAUCACGACCGAGCUGCUGCAGCCCUCCCUCGUCCCCGUGGCCCGCGCGCUCAACCCCUGGGACGUGGUGGUGUGCGUGGCGGGCACCCUGGUCUCCCUGGAGAACGCGGUGGUCAUGGCCCUCAUCAUCUACACGCCCACGCUGCGCGCCCCCAUGUUCGUGCUCAUCGCCAGCCUGGCCCUGGCGGACCUGCUGGCCGGCCUGGGCCUCAUCCUCAACUUCGUGGUGAUCUACGUGGUGGUGCCCGUGGCUGGCUACUGGGGCCUGGUGAUGCUGCUCUCGGCCGGCGUCCUCAUCACCGCCUUCUCGGCCUCCGUCCUCAACGUGCUGGCCAUCACGGUGGACCGCUACCUGUCACUGUACAACGCCCUCACCUACCACACGGAGCGCACCGUCACCUUCACCUACGUGACGCUCUUCCUGAUCUGGCUGACGUCGGCGGCGCUGGGCUCGCUGCCCGUGCUGGGCUGGAACUGCCUGGGCAACGAGGCCACCUGCAGCAUCUGCUGGCCGGUGAACAAGAACAACGCGGCGGCGCUGGCCGUCUCCUUCCUGCUGGUCUUCGCCCUCAUCCUGCAGCUGUACCUGCAGAUCUGCAAGAUCGCCUUCCGCCACGCGCAGCAGAUCGCCGUGCAGCACUUCAUGACUACCUCGCACGCCUCCUCCACCACCAAAGGGGUGUCCACGCUCUCCGUCAUCCUGGGCACCUUCGCGCUCUGCUGGAUCCCCUUCGCCAUGUACUCGCUGGUGGCGGACAGCCGCUACCCGACGGUCUACACGUACGCCACCGCGUUGCCGGCCAUCUGUCACUCCUUCAUCAACCCCAUCAUAUAUGCCUUCAGGAACCCCGACAUCCAGCGCUCGCUGCGGCUCGCCUGCUGCGGGUGCAUGCCGCGCAGCUUCACGAUGCGGCCAAGGACACCCAGCGAUGUGUAG